CCUGUUUUGUUAAACGGAACGAUUUUCCGUUUAUUUUAAUCCUAAAAGAGAGCGCUUCGGCUAAGCAUUGGACAAAGUUGCAAUAUUUAAAGUGCAAGCUGUUAGCUUGGUUAGAACGAAAACAAUAGUAUCAAUCAACCAGUGCACAGACGGAGAAUCAGCGCAGCUUCAAACAAAAAGUAAAACGCAUAUUCUCACUCAUACAUUGACACAAAAAGCGAAUACACAACACACACAAGCAGGCAAACGUGCGAAUAAUAACAAAAGGGCUCAAAGAAGACUGGCAAAAACAAGGAGAAUAAAUUAAAUUUGAAUUUAAUCUGAAUAAAUAGCAGCGGAGAACGAGUUAUCUUUUGGUGUACAAGUGUUGAACACUCUGAACCCAGAAAGCCCUACCAUAUACCCACAAACACACACAAAUACCUAAACAAAAUGUCUACGACACCAAAAUCGACUGAAGAUUUGCUGGGCGAAUCUUGGAUUGAACUGAGCACAACAGCUGCCAUGGCCGGUAUCAAGAGCCCCGACAGAAUCACACCGUUGCCGUUCAACAAUGGGGAGGAGUAUCUGCGCCUGUUGCGCGAGGCACAGCGCGAAUCGAACCAGUCGAGCCGUGUGGUCUCGCUGGCCAGCUCUCGUCGUGAUACGCCCCGAGACAGCCCCAAGAGCCCACCGAACAGUCCACAAACGGAACUCUGUCCCGAUGAUGAGCUGAGAAACGUGUACAUUAACUAUUGGACAAAGGCCGGAGAAAAACAGAACACAGACAAUGGAGAUUGGUUGCAGAACUGGAAUCGCAGCGCAGAUGAGCAGCCUCCCAAAAACUGGAAGUUCGAGGCUGUGCAUAAGGCCGGCGACGAGGAUGAGAAAAAGAAGACUACUGGCGGCUACUCCAUACGCUUGAAGCGCUUGGGCGCCCAAUCGCUGUUCUCCCGCGAAAUCCUCUACUCGCUGCUGUUCACCAAUGUCCUGUCCUUGCUGCUUGGUGCCGGCUUUGGAUUGUGGCUGAGCAAGCGCGGCAUACUCCUCACCCGCGUGGUCAUUGACUGAAAGACGCCAUAAAAAAAAAAAAAAAA